AGGGGGAUGCUCGGGGGGUCAGCAUUGCUACUGGGUGCCCCCAUGGUUGUCCGGGGGUCCCUAAUGCUCUGUGGGGGUCCCCAGUACUGGCAAGGGGUCCCCAAAGGUGCUAUAGGGUGGGUCCCCAAUGCUGCUCGGGGUUCCCAUUUCUACUGGGGGUCCCCACUGCGGAUCGGGGGUCCCCAAUGUUGUUUGGGGGUCCCCAAAGGUGCCAUAGGGUCCCCAAUGCGCUUGGGGUUCCCAUUUCUCCUGGGGGUCCCCAGUGCUGCUCAGGGGUCCCAAGUCACUCCAGGUUGCCCCCACUGCUGCUUGGGACGCCCCAUCGGGUGCCGCAGCCCUGCCCAGGUGCCCCCAAUUUUCUCCAGGUGCCCCCUGCAGCCGAUCCCGAUCCCGUCUCCCCGCACGCAGCGAUGCCCGCGGAGCCCCUGAUCUGCGCCGACACGGCCACGAGGGUGAGCUCCGUGCUGAACCGGGAUGUGAAGCAGUUCGGGAAGCAGCACAUGUUCGACGCCAACGAGGAGACGUGCUGGAACUCGGACCAGGGCGCGCGCCAGUGGGUCACCGUGGAUUUUCCCCGCACCGUCAGGGUCUCGCAGCUCCACAUCCAGUUCCAGGGGGGAUUCUCCAGCCGGCUGUGCACGUUGGAAGGCUGCAGAACGGGCGAAGAACUGGUGAAAAUAUCCGAGCUGUACCCCGAGGACGUUAACGCCAUGCAGAGAUUCGAGGUGGAGGAGACGGCUCUGGAUAAGUUGAAGAUCACCUUUGAGAACAGCACGGAUUUCUUUGGGCGCAUCGUGGUGUACCACCUCAGGGUGCUGGGGGAGAGGCUGUAGGGCAGCAGUGUUGGGGGGGAGCUGCUCUCCCAGCACCUUCAUUUUCCCCCCCCUGUCCCCAGGGGCUCUGCUACAUGGGGAGAAACGGGACAGCAAACCCUGCCAGCAGGGCUGCGCCGCCCCCAACUGCACCCCAAAGUGGAGAGGGGACCCUCACCCCCCCCCGGGAUGGCCUUGCAGGAGGGAUGUUUGUGCAGGGAUCCACGGGCUGGACUUGCAAACCACCUCUGGUGCCUUUUUUGGGGGGAAUGCAGCCGGUGCAGCCGGCUGAAUAAACGGUGGUGGUGGCCCCCAGCUCCUUCCCGGCUGCUUUUUGGGUCAGAGACACCCCAGGACUGAGCCCUGAGGAAUAUGGGGGCGCCAGGAGGGUGCCAGCCUCAAAGAGGCUGGCCCAGUUCCCUAUUAGCUGGUGCUGGGAUGGGGGGCUGGCUGCCGUGACAGACCAUGGGGAUGCAAUUGAGGUAAGAGACAGGGCUCCACACGGCUGCUUUUAGGGUUUACUUCCAAAAAAAUGCAAUACUUGAAUGCACGCACGAAGCAGCUGAGUCCAGAAGGAGCAGAAAUGCAGCUGCCCUGAGGAGUGAGUGUCCCUGGGUGCGAGGCACCGAGGCCGUGCCAUCUUCCAGGAGUGGCCUAAAUCCGCCGAGGCCAAGCGGUUGGUUCACAGCUUCCUCCACGUGCUCCUUGCUUGAAGCACUGUGCUGCUGCCCGUUUUGGGACCGCUGGGUCAGGCCACGUUGGUCCCAGAAGAGAGCCCUGCGUCGGCCAAGAGAAGCGCUGGUGCUGCAGAGUGAGCCACUGUCACUCCAACCCUUUGUUCUGGAAUAGCUUGAGGAUGUGAUUUUCAAUAACCUGUUGGACUAAUGAGGGGAAGAGAAGGGAGAGAGGUGAAACCAGGGAAGCCGAGCCUGUAAGAACCCGUUUCAGCUGUGGGUAGGACCUGGGCACUCUUUGGCUCCUGUUUUCCAAGGGGAAGCUGGAAAAUCCCUUUCUCCAGGGGCCCAUCUCUCCUGUCCCGGUCCCACUGCCAGCACAGCUCUGGUUUGGAGGGGGAGCAAGGGGAACAGGACCUAAUCUGACUUCUCUGGCUGAGUUUCUCUGCAUGGCAGAGCAGGGAGCUGUGGUGGAAGGUCAAAGAAAGCCCUGAGCUGGGCUGGGAGCUGCCUGUAGGGUCGCUGCGGAGGGAAGUCAGGGCUCCCUGCCAAGUGUGGAAGGGACACUUGCCUUUCUUGUGCCCCAGGGCCACGGCCAGAUCCAUCGGGGUGUAGCCAGAAUCUGCUUCUGUCGUCAGGUCGGCACCACGAGCUGCAAGCAGGCAGUGGCAGUCAGGGCGCAGCGUGCCCCUGCUGGCACGGCGUCCCCUCUGGGGCCGGUGCAGGGUGAGGAGACCCCCAAAAAGCGCCCCUCCUGGCUGGGCAGCGCCCCGUGACACCCCCAGGCUGCUCAGGCUUUCCCCCCAGGCACGUCAGGCUCCGUCCCCAAGGCGGUUACCAACAAGCCACAACUCGAGGCCGAGGAUUAAGCGCGGAUCUUCCCCGUUACCUAGUAGGGCCUCGACACACUUGACGUGAUUGCCGCGCACGGCGUAGAGCAGAGGAGUGCCGCCGUUCUGCAGGGAAAGGGAAGGGGCUGUGUCAUUGCUGGCCUCGCACGGGGCUGUGCUCACACAGCUCCUGCUCCUCCCAGAGAGGUCAAUUCCUGACCCGCUGGGCUCCCCUUUCUACCCUCUCCCAGCUCCGGGCUGAGUGUUUUCUUGCAGAGCGGCUCUGCGCGGGUUUUAUUCUCUGUAUGCAAUAAAGUAACUGUAAUCCGAAAGACAACCUUAA